CUUUUUUUUGUGUCCUCGAGAAGCUUUUUCUUUCUUUUUUGGCGGGCUUUACCAGAAUCUUUGACGCAUCUAAAGCACACGACUGGUCAAAAGAGGUAUAACAAGCGCGUUUUGACAGCUUCCUUCCCAUCCAAUUGAUCCUGCUACACGCCGAUUCGUGACACAUUCGAACGAUGGAUUUCCAUAACAAGCACCUUCUUGAGUCCACUGUCAACCAGCUGCAACCGCAGAGGCUCUCCAACAAUGUGUGGCUAGGUCCUCUGAACUCGGUUGCACAGUCAGAGUUCCUCUCCCAGAACAACAUCAAGUACAUUUUCGGUAUAAUGGCUUCACAGAAGUGUGCCUACUACCUGAAGGACUUGUCCCCGAAGCAGUUUUGCUGCGUGUCCAUAGACCCACACUUCAACAUUCAAAAGCUCACGGAGGAUGAAGGCGAGUGUCUCAUGAGAUUCAACACACAGUUCACGCCGGCGGUCUCCACGAUCUCGGGCAACACGAUCACCAACGCCGUUAUAACAAGCCUGGACUUCCAGAAGAUGUUGGAGGACUUCCUGCUGUUGGUGCAUGCCAUACAGCACUCCGAUCCAAGUGGUGGGAUCCUCUUGUUUUCGCUGAACGGUAACGACAACUUGUUGUCAACAUUUGCCCUAUCGUACAUCCAGGACGCCCAUAACUGUGACGUUGCACAGAGCUACAGCUAUUUGAAGUCCAUCAGACCUUCUGUGAAGGAAUUCGAUGAGUACGGAUUCUUCGCCAACGAAGUGGCCAAGUUCCAUCUCAACCACAAGGCAAGAAAGCAGUUUGAUACCUCAGUAUCACCAAUGAGAACCAAGAGAGGCGCUUGCGAUGUGACUGACCACGAGGAGGCUGAGCGUCGUAGUCCGAGGGUGUUGAAAAGAACUGCUCAAUAGAGCUGAAAUUGACUGAAUUAUUCAUCAUUGGUUAUUAUUGUUGUGCUUGUACACGGGCGCUUGGUUUAUUAGUACGAGUUUUAUUACGGGAUGGUAUCAUACAAAGCUAGGGCUUUUAUAUUGAAUUUUAUGUGUGUUUGUCAUUAACUGGUUUGUAGUACCUGAAAGUAUCCUUGAACUGUGAUCAUUUCUUCAAGAUGGUGAUAACAUCCUCGUCUUCCAAAACGUGGUUCAAACCAACGUGCUGUGGUGCAUGCUUAACACUCGACCCGUAGACGACGGCACUUCUAAAGUCGUCAACCAAGGACUUGUGGAUCUGGUUACAGAAGUCUUCGACGGUACAACGGUCAGAUCUCAACACAACAGGCUCGGAGAAGUCUGGCAUUCUGCCCUUUGGUUUGGUGUAUACCCUCACGAGGUUGAGUCUGUCCCACAUCACUUCCAACAGCUCAUCCAGAUUCCACUCCUUACCAGAACUGAUAGGCACGGCGUUU